AUGAUUCUUGUUCGUCACGGCCUCAUGGUUGUCGGUAUGCCUUUCUCUGGAAAAACAUCAGCACUUCAUGUCUUAGCUGAUGCUUUAACUCUUUUAAAUGAAAGAGGAUAAAUGGAAGAAAAUAAAGUUCAAAUCACCACUUUGAAUCCUAAAUCUAUUACUAUGAACUAGCUUUAUGGUUAUUCUGAUGAAGUUUCUCAUGAAUGGACUGACGGUGUCUUAGCCGUUAAGUUUAGAGCUUUUGCUAAGUAAGAAAAUCUUGAUAGAAAAUGGCUUAUUUUUGAUGGUCCUGUUGAUGCAGUUUGGAUUGAAAACAUGAACACCGUGCUCGACGAUAAUAAAAAAUUGUGUUUAAAUUCUGGUGAAAUUAUUGCCAUGUCUAAUUCAAUGAACAUGAUUUUUGAACCUAUGGAUUUGGCUGCUGCUUCUCCAGCUACUGUUUCCAGAUGUGGUAUGAUUUAUAUGGAACCUCAAUACAUGGGAUGGGAGCCACUUUAUCAUAGUUGGGCUUCUACUUUACCUAAAACAUUCAAAUAAGAAGACCUCGAUGAAAUUGACACUUUGUUUAGAUGGAUAAUUAAUCCUACUUUGAAGUUUAUUAGAAAGAAAUGCCAUGAAAUAUCUCCAACACAAGACUAAAAUUUAGUUGUAUCCUUAAUGAGAAUAUAUAGAGGUUUGCUCAAGGAUUUGGAAGACUAAGAUUAUUAUGAUAGCAUUGAAUUCAAAAAUAAAUAAUCCAUGAUUUAGUUCAGAUUCAUAUUCUCUCUCUACUGGUCUAUUGGUGGCUCUUUAACUGGUGAUGAUAGAAAAUAAUUCAACGUUUUCGUUGCAAGACUUCUUAACAAAGAAAUAUAGGAUCCUGAUAUUCCUGCUAAUCUUGAUAUUAAGAAAAUCACAGUUCCUGAUAACGGAUAAAUUUACGAAUAUAAUUUACGCUACAAAGAAGCUAAGAGCGAAGGUAUUGAAUGGGUUAAAUGGGUUGACUUAAUUGAAAAUAUUGACAUCCCUGCUAAAGCUAAGCCAUAAACUAUUAUAGUACCUACUUAAGAUACAGUUAGAUACUCAUUUUUAUUAGAACACAACAUCAAGAAUUGCGUUCCCACUCUUUUCUGUGGCCCAACAGGUACUGGUAAAUCAGUUUACAUUAAAAACUUGCUAAUGUAAAAGCUUGAUCAAAAGAAAUACAUGACCAUUGAAAUUGGAUUUUCUGCAUAAACAAGUGCUACCUAAACUAUGGACAUUGUUGAUAGCAGACUUGAUAGAAAGAGAAAGGGUGUUUAUGGCCCAAAGAUUGCUGAAAAGGCUAUUAUAUUUGUUGAUGAUUUGAAUAUGCCAACAAAAGAAAAAUGGGGUGCUUAGCCUCCUGUUGAAAUUUUACGUUAAAUGCUCGACUGCGGUGGAUGGUAUGACAUGAAGGAUGACAAACCAUUUAAAUAGCUUGUUGAUAUCAUUUUUGUAGCAGCUAUGGGUCCUCCAGGUGGUGGUAGAACCUUCAUUACUCCUCGUAUGCUUCGUCAUCUUAACUUGAUCUCUUUAGCUGAGUUUGAUGAAUCUUCUUUGAAAAAGAUUUUCUAAACAAUUCUUUAAUGGUACUUCUCUACUCAAUAAUUCAAUGAAGAUAUCAAGAAACUUGAAGGUAGAUUGGUUCAAGCUACACAAGAAACAUACAAAGUCGCUACUGAAUUUAUGAGACCUACUCCCACAAAAUCUCAUUACUUGUUCAACUUGAGAGAUAUCUCAAAGGUCGUUAUGGGUAUCUGCUUAGCUGAUAGAGACUUAACUGUAAAAUAAGAAUAAAUUGUACGUCUCUGGGUGCAUGAAACUCUCAGAGUAUUUAGUGAUAGACUUGUAGAUGAAGCAGAUAGAUCUUUAAUGCUUAGCAAGAUCCGUGAUAUCACAAGAAGAAUCUUUAACUUGAACUUUGACACAAUUUUUGAACAUUUAGAUACUAAUGGCGAUAAGAAAGUAGACACUUUAGAUGAAAUUAGAGGUUUGAUUUUCACUAAUAUUUUAACUCCUUUGGGAGCUCCUAAAAAACCUUAUGAAGAAGUGUUUGAAAUGAAUAAAUUAACCGAGGCUUGUGAAGAAUCUCUUUCUCAAUAUAAUAUGGUUUCAGACAAACCUAUGGAUUUAGUGCUUUUCUAGUUUGCUGUUGAACACUUGCUUAUCAUUUAGCGUAUUAUUAUGCAACCUGGCGGUAAUGCUUUGCUUGUUGGUGUUGGUGGUUCAGGUAGACAGUCACUAACCCGUUUGGCUUCUCAUUUGAAUGAUUUUGUUACUAUUUAAAUUGAAAUCAGUAAGCAAUAUGGCAAAGUAGAAUGGCGUGAAGAUUUAAAAAAGAUCUUAAAGAGUGCUGGUGGAAAAGGAUAAUAAACAGUUUUCUUAUUCACAGAUAGUUAAAUUAAGUAAGAAGGUUUUGUUGAAGAUAUUAACAACCUCUUGAAUACCUGCGAAGUUCCUAAUUUGUUUGCACCUGAAGACAAGGCAGAAAUCAUGGAAUUAGUUAGAUCCGAUGCCAGAAGUGAAGGUAAAGCUUCUGAAGGUACUCCCGAUCAGCUCUAUGCAUAUUUUGUAGAAAGAUGCAAAAACAAUCUUCAUAUAGUACUUUGCUUUAGUCCUAUAGGUGAUGCUUUCAGAACUAGAGUCAGAAUGUUCCCUUCAUUAGUUAAUUGUUGCACUAUUGAUUGGUUCUUCGAGUGGCCUUAAGACGCUCUUGUUUCUGUCGCUAAGAAAUUCAUGAAAAAAAUUGAAAUGGAUGAAAAAACUCGUGACAAAUGCACAGAAAUGGUGCAAUAUUAUCAUUAGUCUACAGCUACUUGGGCUAACAAGUUCUUCUUGAAUUUAAGAAGAAAGUAUUAUGUCACACCUACUUCUUACUUGGAAAUGAUUAUUACAUUCUAGACCUUGCUAGAUGAAAAGAGAAAAUAAGUUCAAUCAAAUAUUCACAAAUAUAAAAAUGGUUAUAAUUAAAUUAUUACAACUGAAUAAGCUGUUGGUUAGAUGCAAAUUUAGUUAAAAGAAAUGGUUCCUAAACUAAAAUAAGCUGCAGAAGAUACAAAAUAAAAAAUGGAGGCAGUCGCUAAAGAAAAAGCUGUUGCAGAUAAGUUGGCUGAAGGUAUUAAAAUGGAAGAAGCUACAGUCUAGCUUGCAGUAGACAAGGCUAAUGCUAUCAAGGAAGAAUGUGAAAAAGAUCUUAACGAAGCUCUUCCUGCAUUAUAAGCUGCUGAAGAAGCACUUAACGUUAUUACCAAACCUCAAAUUGAUAAUCUUAAAACUAUGAAGUAGCCUGCUGAACCUAUCAAAGCAACUAUGAAGGCUGUCUGCUUAGUUAUGUAUCCUAAUCCUUCAGAAAAGAAGAAGGAAGGACUCAAGACUGUUGUUGAUUGGUGGGCUGCUAGUGUUAAACUGUUAGGUAACCCAAGAUUAUUACAAGAUAUGCAAGGCUUUGAUAAAGAAAAUAUCCCAGAAAAAGUUAUUCAAUAACUCGGAGCUUAUUUCAAUGAUGCAGAAGCUAAACCUUUCUUAGAAAAGAAUGUAGUAGAAAAAGCUUAUGAAGCUUGUGGUAGUAUGUUAGCUUGGGUUCAUGCUAUGCAUGAUUAUUACUAUGUCAAUAAGAAAGUCAAGCCUAAAAAAAUUGAAUUGGCUAAGGCUCAAGCAGAAGUGUCUGGCUUGGAAAGUUAAUUAAGAAUUAAACAAGCUGAAUUGAAGGCUGCUAUGGAUAAAGUCGAUGCGUUAAACAAGGAUUUAAUGAUAACAAAGAAGAACAAAGAGAAACUUGAAAAAGACUAUGAGGAGUGCUCACAAUAACUUGAACGUGCUAAGAUUUUGAUUGGUAACCUAGGAGGUGAAAAAGAUCGUUGGGGUAACUUAGCUGAAGAGCUAAAGCAACAGUAUGAAUCAUUAACAGGUGAUAUUCUUGUUUCAUCAGGUAUUAUUGCUUAUCUUGGAGCUUUUACACCUACUUACAGAAAAGAAAUUUCAUAAGACUGGGUUCAUAAAUGUAAAGAAAUGGAGAUCUUAGGUAGUGAGAAAUUCAAUUUACCAAAGAUUUUAGGAGACCCUGUAAAGAUCAGAUAGUGGAAUAUUGAAGGUUUACCUUCUGAUAGCUUCAGUGUAGAAAACGCUAUUAUUAUCUUUAGAUCAAGAAGAUGGCCCUUAUGUAUAGAUCCUCAAAAUCAAGCCAAUAAAUGGAUCAAAAAAAUGGAAGAAUCAAGAAAAUUGUAAGUUAUUAAGUUAACUGAUAAUGACUAUCUCCGUACUCUCGAAAAUGCUAUUCAAUUCGGUAGACCAGUUCUUCUUGAAAAUGUGCCUGAAGAUUUAGACCCAUCUUUGACUCCAAUCUUAUUGAAGCAAACAUUCUAAAAAGGUCCUUCAACCUAUAUCAAGCUUGGUGAGGCCGUAAUUGAAUAUUCCUUAGACUUUAGAUUCUAUAUUACAACUAAAUUGCGUAAUCCUCACUAUUUACCUGAGUUGUCAACAAAGGUUACAAUUUUGAACUUUAUGAUUACUUAUGAAGGUUUGAAUGAUUAAUUGCUUGGUAUUUUAGUUAAGAAGGAGCGCCCUGAUUUGGAAAAAGAAAAAGAAAGAUUAAUUAUUGAAAGUGCUAGCAAUAAAAAGUAAUUGGCAGAAAUCGAAGAUAAGAUUUUGUAAGUUUUAUAAGGAAAUAAAAACAUUCUUACAGAUGAAACUGCUAUUAAUAUUCUCACUGCUUCAAAGAAUACUUCAAAUGAAAUCAAAGAAAAGCAAGAAAUUUCAGAAGCAACAGAAAAAGAAAUUGACAAUGCAAGAGAAACUUAUUAGGAUGUUUCUUAGCAAGCAAGUAGUUUGUUCUUCUGUAUUUCAGACUUGGGCAACAUCGAUCCUAUGUAUCAAUAUUCUUUAGCUUACUAUAUUGAUCUAUUUACAUAGGGUAUUUCUUAAGCUGAACUAAGUGAUGUCUUUACUCAAAGACUUGAAAACUUAAAGAAUUACUUCUUGUAUUCUCUUUAUUCUAAUAUUUGUAGAUCACUUUUUGAAAAGGAUAAACUUGUAUUCUCUAUGCUACUUGCUUCUCGUUUAAUGGAGUUUAGACACGAACUUGACAACGAACACUGGAGAUUCUUCAUGACUGGUGGUAUUUCUCUUGACGAAAAUCUACCUCCUCAACCUCAAGAUGCUGCUUGGAUUUCUGCAAAAUCUUGGGCAGAAAUUGUGAGACUCAGUGCUCUCAAGCAUUUCGAUAACUUCUAUAAAAACUUCUAUGCUCCUGAAAAGCUUGCUCAUUUUAAGAAAAUUUUCGAUAGCAGCAGUCCUCAAACUGUUCCUUUACCUGCUGAAUUAGACUCUAAGUUCGAUGAAUUCCAUAAACUUAUGAUUUUGCGUACUAUUCGUCCUGAUAAGAUUAUUCCAGCUGUUUAAAAUUUCAUCUCAAAUAAGUUGGGAUAGAAGUUUAUUGAACCUCCUCCUUUUGACCUGGGUUUAAUUUAUAAGGAUUCUUCAGCCAUUACUCCAUUGAUUUUCGUUCUUUCUCCUGGUUCAGAUCCUUUUGCUAGUUUGAAUGCAUUCUCACAAAAGAUGAAAAAGGAAAUCAAUUCAAUCUCUUUAGGUUAAGGCUAAGGUCCAGCUGCUUAAAAAAUGAUAUUCGAAGGACAAAUCACAGGUAAUUGGGUUGUCCUACAAAAUUGCCAUCUCGCUGUAACUUGGAUGACAACUUUAGAAAAAAUAUGCGAAGGCUUCAACAAUAAUCCAGAAAUGAAUCCUGAAUUUAGAUUAUGGUUGACUUCUUAUCCAUCUCCAAAUUUCCCUACUAGUGUUCUUUAAGCUGGUAUUAAAAUGACUAAUGAACCUCCUAAGGGUCUUAGAAGCAACAUGCUUGGUUCAUAUUUAAUUGAUCCUAUUAUCAAGCCAGAAUUCUUUGACGGAUGCAAUAAUCCUAUGGCAUUCAAGAAAUUACUUUAUGGUUUAUGCUUCUUCCAUGCUGUUAUUUAAGAAAGAAGAAAGUAUGGCGCUCUUGGUUGGAACAUUUCUUAUGAAUUCAAUGAAUCAGACUUGCGUAUUUGUGUCAGACAAUUAAAAAUGUUCCUUGAUGAAUCAACUGGAGUUUUCCCAUUCGAUGCACUCAAUUAUUUAGCAGCAGAAUGUAACUAUGGUGGUAGAGUCACAGAUGAUAAAGAUAGAAGACUAAUUAAAACUCUUUUGCUUGAUUACUACAACCAAGAAACCGUUGAUAAUCCUAAUUAUCAAUUUGCUCCAGGCCUUGAAUAUAGAGCACCACAUUGUGAGACCCAUGAAGAUUUUAUAAAUCACAUUAAGACUAAGCUACCUUUAAUUGCUCCUCCUGAAGUAUUUGGUUUCCAUCUUAAUGCAGAUAUUACUAAAGAUAUGAACGAAACAAAUCUCUUAAAUGACUCUCUUUUAAUUUGCUCCUCUCACGGAGGUGGUAGUGGAGGUGAAAGUGUAGAAGACACUUUGAAGUAGGUAUGUUAAAAUAUCUUAACCGAUUUCCCUCAACAAUUCAACAUACCAGAAGUACAAAAGGUAUUCCCAGUCGUAAAGAAUGAAAGUAUGAACACUGUACUUACUUAAGAACUUACUCGUUUUAACAAGUUGAUCAAGGUUGUUCAAUCCAGCUUAGUUGAUAUCUAAAAAGCUCUUAAGGGUGAGUUAUUGAUGUCUAUUCAACUUGAAGCUGCUUCAAAGAGUUUGUUUGAUGGUAAAGUUCCUGAUCUUUGGAUGCAAGCAAGUUAUCCUUCACUAAAGCCACUAGGUGGUUACGUUGCAGAUCUGAAAUAAAGAUUACACUUCUUCUAAAAUUGGAUUGACUCUCAAACCAGUCCAAAUGAAUUUUGGCUCUCUGGUUUCUACUUCACAUAGAGUUUCCUUACUGGUGUUUUACAAAACUACGCAAGAAAGAAAAUUAUUCCAAUUGAUAUAAUUGAAUUUGACUUUGAAUUUAUCAACACUCCAGUAACUGCAAAGCCAGAAGAUGGUGCUUAUGUUCACGGUCUCUUUAUCGAAGGCUCAAAAUGGAAUAUGAACACUAUGAAGUUGGACGAAUCAGACCCAAAAGUUUUGUUUGUCAAAUGCCCAACAAUUUUACUAAAGCCAAAGAAAACUUCAGAAUUGUCUUAAUACAAAAACUAUAACUGUCCUGUCUAUAAAACAACUGCACGUAGAGGUGUUCUAUCAACAACAGGUCACUCAACUAACUUCGUUAUGUAUAUAAGAAUGCCAACAGAUAAAUCUGAAAGCCACUGGAUUAAGAGAGGUGUUGCAUUACUUACCCAAUUAGACGAUUGA